GAAAACUACUCCUAUUAUAACACACACACGAGUAAAACACGUGCUCCAAUCUUCUCCACAUGUAAUAAUCUUCUUAAUUAAGUAAUUUUAUAUUUCAAGUGCACCAUUGCGCCUACUUUCUCGGCACCUGUCAAGUAACUUCCUCUCCAAUUCUCAUCUCCUCUCAUUGUAUAUAAACCCACCACACCACAACCAUUCUUCACUAUCACACUCCAUCAAAAAAAUAAUCACUUCUCUCUCAAAAUCUCCUUUUGCUUCUACUUUCACUUGCGUAACGCUAACUAAGUCUUCUUGAGUGUUCUUUUUUCAUCAUCUAUGGCUAUGGAAGCACUUAACUCACCAACCACCGCUACUCCUUUCACACCCUUUGAGGAACCAAAUCUGAGUUAUCUUGAAACACCGUGGACGAAAGGUAAACGUUCAAAGCGUUCUCGUAUGGAUCAAUCUUCAUGCACUGAAGAAGAGUAUCUCGCUCUUUGUCUCAUCAUGCUUGCUCGCAGCGGAAACAACAACGACAACAAGACUGAAUCGGUGCCGGUGCCGGCGCCGCUAACCACCGUUAAACUCAGUCACAAAUGCUCAGUCUGCAACAAAGCUUUUUCAUCUUAUCAAGCCCUAGGUGGACACAAAGCCAGUCACCGGAAAGCUGUUAUGUCCGCAACCACCGUUGAAGAUCAGACCACCACCACUUCAUCUGCCGUGACUACCAGCUCUGCAUCCAACGGUAAGAACAAGACUCAUGAGUGUUCCAUCUGUCACAAAUCCUUUCCUACUGGACAGGCUUUGGGAGGACACAAGCGUUGUCACUACGAAGGCAGCGUUGGUGCCGGUGCCGGAAGUAGCGCUGUAACUGCCGCCUCUGAAGGAGUUGGAUCGUCUCACAGUCACCACCGUGAUUUUGAUCUUAACCUACCGGCUUUUCCGGACUUUUCAAAGAAGUUUUUCGUGGAUGACGAGGUUUCUAGUCCUUUACCUGCUGCAAAGAAGCCCUGUCUUUUCAAGCUUGAAAUUCCUUCUCAUUACUGAUCAAUAAUAGAUCCAAUUUUAUUGUUAUUAUUAGUAAUAAUUAUUAUCGCUUAGGGCAUAGUUAUUUUCUUUUUUCUUUCAAUUAUUUUGGAUCAAUUUGUUCUGUACAUACAAAUUGGGACUGGCUUUAAAAUGUAGACAGUGAAAAUUCAAUUCAAUUGAUUUAUUUUUAUUUAA